AUGUACUUCACUACUAACGUGAGAUCGAGGUUGAAGAGGGAGUUUAUGAGUCUCUGGCAAGGAGACCUACCUGUUGCUGAGUUUGUCAAGAAGUUCGAUAGAGAAUGUCAUUUUGUGCCCUUCAUCGCAAAUGAUACUAUUGAAAAAUUGAGGUACUUUUUGGAUGGUCUCAGGCCUACCAUCCGUCGGGAAGUUCUGCUGGCCGAUAUAACUGAAUAUAAUGAUGUUGUCACAAGAGCUUAUCGAGCAGAGCAAUCUCUGAAAGAUAUUGAAUGGGAGGGACGACUGAAGCCUCAAGGGAACACGAAGCAACAACCACAGGGAGCAGCUACGUCAAAGACAGAGGAAAAACCAUUGUGCAAGGAGUGCAAUCGCCAACACUACGGACAGUGUCUAUGGGGUGCCUACAAGUGCUUCAAAUGCGGAGGGGAUGGGCACAAAGCUAAGGAAUGUCCAAAACUGCAAGAACUUGUGAAUGGACGGGCCUUUGUGAUGCAUGCCAAGGAAGCAGAGUCAGACACUACGCUUGUCACAGGUAGGAUAUCUAUCGCGGGUGUAACUACCUACGCCUUGCUAGAUUCGGGAGCUAUACACUCAUUUAUAUCGGAGGCCUUCGUAAAGUGA